AUGCAGAAGUCGCGGGAGGGCCGGGAGGAGCUCCCGGAUGACUUCUUCAUCCCCAUGGUCCUGGAGACCCCCAACCUGACGGCGCUGAGCCCCUUCCUGGUGCCGCAGACCCACCUGGGCAGCCCCGGGGUCUUCAUGGGGAUGUCGGCCUUCAUGUUCGUGCUGAUCGCCCUGGGCGUCCCCAUCAACACCCUCACCAUCUUCUGCACCGCCAAGUACAAGAAGCUGCGCUCCCACCUCAACUACAUCCUGGUCAACCUGGCCGUCUCCAACCUGCUGGUCAUCUGCGUCGGCUCCACCACCGCCUUCUACAGCUUCUCCCAGAUGUACUUCGCCCUGGGGCCCACCGCCUGCAAGAUCGAGGGCUUCGCCGCCACCCUGGGAGGCAUGGUCAGCCUGUGGUCGCUGGCGGUGGUGGCCUUCGAGCGGUUCCUGGUGAUCUGCAAGCCCCUGGGCAACUUCACCUUCCGGGGCAGCCACGCCGUCCUGGGCUGCGCGGCCACCUGGAUCUUCGGCCUGGUGGCCUCCGUGCCCCCCCUCUUCGGCUGGAGCAGGUACAUCCCCGAGGGGCUGCAGUGCUCCUGCGGCCCCGACUGGUACACCUCCAACAACAAGUGGAACAAUGAGUCCUACGUCAUCUUCCUCUUCUGCUUCUGCUUCGGCGUGCCCCUCAGCAUCAUCAUCUUCUCCUACGGCCGCCUCCUCCUCACCCUGCGCGCGGUGGCGAAGCAGCAGGAGCAGUCGGCCACGACGCAGAAGGCGGAGCGGGAGGUGACCAAGAUGGUGGUGGUGAUGGUGCUGGGCUUCCUGGUCUGCUGGGCCCCCUACUCCACCUUCGCGCUCUGGGUGGUGACCCACCGCGGGCAGCACUUCGAGGUGGGGCUGGCCUCCAUCCCCUCCGUCUUCUCCAAGGCCUCCACCGUCUACAACCCCAUCAUCUACGUCUUCAUGAACAAGCAGUUCCGCUCCUGCAUGCUGAAGCUGGUGUUCUGCGGGAAGAGCCCCUUCGGGGACGAGGACGACGUCUCGGGGUCCUCCCAGGCCACCCAGGUCUCCUCCGUCUCCUCCAGCCAGGUCUCGCCCGCGUAG